CCACCAAAGAAAAAAGUUCCAGCUUCCUCAUCACCAACUAUCAUCCCUCUAUUAUUGGAGAGAGGCUCCCGAUCGAACCCUAUACCCCAUCAACAAAAUGCCACCUACAACUGCACUGUGCACCUCAUGUCUCAGAACUACGUUGAGACCGACUACUCUAUCCUCCCGCGUACUGCGCAGCUCAUCGCGAGCCUAUCGCAUGACCGCCGCCACUCCUUCGCAAACGCUUUACCUGGACUUUCUUGCACCUUCAGCAACCCGCACAUCUCCUAAGACACUUCCUCGAACCCCGUAUCCGCAGACAUGGCACCGGAACUACGCUGUGGCAGCCGCCGCUCCCGAACAGUCUUCGUCUUCCUCAGUACCGUAUAACGCCCCAACGCGCGCCAUUCUCAAUCCCAGGACAGCGGAGGAUGGAACGCCAAUGUCAAUCUCCAUCUCUCCGCGCGCCGUCAACCGCCUCUCCGCAAUCGCCGCCAGCGAUCAGAACCCCGAUACCGCGCUUAGGGUAACAGUCGAAUCUGGCGGCUGUCACGGCUUUCAGUACUUGAUGUCGUUGACAGAUCUAUCUACUUCACCAGCAGCGGAGGAUGAUACCGUAUUCGAAGGGGACAAAGGAGCAAAAGUGGUGAUUGAUGAAUCUAGUUUGGAGCUACUGAAUGGAAGUACCGUGGAUUAUACUAUGGAGUUGAUCGGUAGUCAGUUCAAGGUCACGGGGAUCCCCGGAGCUACGAGCAGUUGCGGAUGCGGAACAAGUUUCGAUAUACAAUUGUAAGCGACUAUACUACAGACAACCAACUAUCAUUUCUGAAAUCGGUUAUAUCUGAAAUUAAUACUUGGAUAAUAUCUGGAUAUCUUGAUGUAUCGGAGCCGGUUACCUUUUCAUAUUGAGGUCUUGUCUUUCUCGUUGAAGAGCAUGGACAUGACGGUGAUGGCCAAUUUAAACAAGCAUGGACGUAUCCAAUGUACCAUACUUUCUUACUCACGGGGCGAGGAGAAGGUCACAACAUUAACGUAGAGCAAAUGUAAAGGAUUAAAAGAACAUAACUUCGACU